AUGAUUUACUCUGUUUGGAAUGUCAGGGGCUUGAAUGACCCUGGCAAAGUUGCCUCUGUAAAGAGGUCGCUUCACUCACAUUCAGUUGAUGUUGUUGGAUUGCUUGAAACAAAAAUCAAAUUGAAAAAUGUUCUCACUUAUCAGAGGAAGUUUGGCUCUUCUUGGCUUUGGUUGUGUAAUUAUGACCAUUCUCCCAAAGGGAGGAUUUGGCUUGGUUGGAAUGUGGAUAGAGUAACUGUUAAUGUCUUGAAGGUUCAUGAACAGUUCAUUCAUUGUACUGUUUCUUCUAAGGAUCUCGCUACUCAAAUUUAUCUCACUGUUGUUUAUGGUCUUCACUCCAUUCAUGAUAGGCUUCCUUUGUGGGAGGGGCUCAGAAGCAUCUCUAUUCAGCAUUCUCCUUGGCUUUGUGUUGGUGACUAUAACUCUGUUCUUCAUACUUCAGAUAGGCUUCAUGGUGUUGAUGUUACUGAUUAUGAUACUAGAGACUUUCAGAAUUUGGUUGAUGAUUUGGACCUCACUGAGAUCAAAAGCAAAGGGUCCUUUUACUCUUGGUCUAAUAAGGCUCAUACUGGCCCUAGAACGCUCUCUAGACUUGACAGAGUCUUUGGUAAUCAAGAUUGGUUAGCUUCUCAUGGGCAUGUGGAGACUGUUUAUCUCCCUCCUUCUUUAUCUAAUCAUAGUCUAGUUCUGUUGGAUAUUUUCUCUAGCCUUGUGGGGAAAGGUAGACCUUUCCGAUUUCUAAAUUGUAUUGCUGAUCACCCUGAUUUUCUUGAUACCGUUUCGCAGGCUUGGGGUUCUGGUAGCUCUGUUUGGCAGAAGCUUAAUUCUGUGAAGUCUAGUAUCAAAUCUCUUAAUAGCAAGCAGUUUGGUAACAUUGAGGAAAAGAUUGACCAGGCUAAUGCUGAGCUUUCUAGAAUUCAAAACUUAAUGGCCCAGAACCCUGAUGAUUUGGAUUUAUAUGCUAAAGAAUCUGAUGCUAUUAAGGUUGUCAAGCACAGGAAUGAUAUUCAAGAAAGCAUCUUCAAGCAAAAAUCUAGGAUUAAUUGGGUUAAGCUUGGAGAUGGCAAUUCUCACUAUUUCUUCUCUGUGAUGAAGACUAGGCAAGCAAGGAAUAGAAUUGACUCCAUCUUUGAUUCUAAUCAGUAUUAG